AUGGCGAGCACGCGAAGCAGCUCAUCGCCUUCUCGGGGCGCCGGCGAUGGAAAGAAGCGCCUCGAAGCACUGGCCCUGGACAGGGUAGCGGAGGCCGCCGACGCAGUUGCCUCCGCUGCGUGCGCCGGCGAGGUGGUCCGCGCGAUUCACGCCGUCGCAUCCCUCCUCUUCCCCGUCGACUCUGAGGCCGUCGCCGGUACCGUCGAGGAACCCUUCAGGAGGCAGAUUGUUGAAGCUGUAACCCUCAGCAAUGAUGAAAGGGAAUCUUGGAGGCGUGCCUUUUAUCAUGGUCCAGCAUUUCCUACUAUGUCUAAGAUAUUGCUUGGCAAUGUUGCCUUGAAGUGGUUGCCGAAGAUUAAUGACUCUGCAAGGAAAGAGAUUUAUGAUUCAUUUUUUGUCAAAGGGCCUCCAACUGAAGUGAUUCAAGCUCUUGUUCCAGCGCUAUCUUAUAAAGAAGUGUCUAAGGAGGAUCAUCGGACUUUUUGCUCGAACGUUGAAAGGCUACUGAUUCUAUGCUUACUUGAUAAUAAGGGGGUUUUCCAAAUUGUUGUGGACUUUACUUGUUCUAAUAAGCAUGGUGAAGACAUUCACAACCCAGAUAAAACAAUAUUCGUAUCAAGGGUUGCACAAUUACUUGCGUCUGUUCCAGAUAAAGCAAGAUUGGGAGCUUCAGCUGCACUUACAUCAGCCUCAUUCUUCAAGCAUGUUGUCAGCCAACUUCUUGCUGGUGCAGAAGCAGCAACUAUUGAGUUGGCUGCUGACAAAGAGGCUAAUGAACAUUGUGUCUUGAGUUCUAUGUUCCACUUUGUGGGUGAAGUGCUAUCUCGUGUUUGUCGUCGUGGGUCUACUGGUAUUUUAGUUGCUGAAUUGAUUCCUAAGAUUCGCAAUCACCUACAUAGAUGUGUGCCACCAGAUCAUAGGGCCACAAGUCCUGAGAUGAUCCAGCAUGUUUGCCAGUCUCAGUUUUGGUUCAAUAUGGUUGAAGCAAUGAGAGAUCAGCAUUCUAUUGAAAGGUUGACAGAAGAGUUGUUGCGUCAACUUGCAUCACAUCAUAUAAGUGAUGAAGAGGCUUAUUGGAUUUUGUGGACCCUCUUUAAUCAGAGCUUCAAGCGUUUAACUGUCAUGAGGGCGAUGUUUGUUGACAAGUUUUUACUCUGGAAAACAUUUCCUUUAUGCUGCCUGAGAUGGAUUCUUCACUACACUGUCUUUGAAUGUCCACCAAAUUCAACCACAGAAAUUCUGAUGCAAAGGACACCGAACUUUUUUGGUAUAUUGCAAAGUUUGGUUAGUAUUUGGUCCAGGAAAGAGUUUAUUCAAUCAUAUUCAGUGGAGCAACAAGCUUAUAUUACUGCAGCAAUUGGAUUAUGUUUAGAAAAGCUAACAAAAAAAGAAUUAGAGACAACUAAAGAUGUAUUGAAUUCUAUUCUUCAAGGAGUAAGCUGCAGGUUAGAGAGCCCAAUUGAUUUAAUACGGAAGAUGGCUAGUGCUGUUGCAUUGACAUUCUCUAAAGUUGUUGAUCCGAAAAAUCCUCUGUACCUUGAUGACAACUGUUGUGAAAAUGUUGAUUGGGACUUUGGGGUUCUAUCUCCAAAGGAGAUUAAAGCCCCUUUAGAUGCUGUAGAAUCUAAAACUAAACCAAAAGCACGUGAGAACAAGAGAAAUGCGGGUGAGAAGAAGGCAAAAGCAAUAAAACAUGAUAUUCCAGUUGUCAGAGCGAAAAUCGUGGAGAUCAAUUCUAUAGAUCAUGAUCAAAUGUCUGAUACUGCUACGAAUGGGCAGUUUGAGGAGGAAGAAUGUGACGAGGAAAGCAUGAACGUGGAUGCAUACAGUGAUUCAUCCCUAGAGCCAUAUGAUCUAUCAGAUGAUGACACAGAUUUGCAAAAAAAAUUCAGCCACCUGAGUGAUCUUGCAGCAGCACUAAGAAAACCUGAUGAUCCAGAUGGUGUUGAAAAUGCUCUUAAUUAUGCGGAAAAGCUUGUGAGAGCAUCACCUGAUGAAUUACGCUACAACUCUGGUGACCUUGUUAGAGCACUGGUGCAUGUUCGCUGUUCUGAUGUGGCAAUGGAAGGAGAGGAAGAUUCUGCUGAAGAAAAGAGACAGAAGGCAUUGGUUGCCUUGCUGGUAACCUGCCCAUUUGAAUCUCUAGAUGUUCUGACAAAAUUGCUAUAUUCAUCUAGUGUGGAUAUUGGUCAGCGCAUUUUGAUUAUUGAUGCUAUGACUGAGGCAGCACAGGAGCUUGCUGAAACUAAAACUGUGAAGACAGAACAGCGACGUGGUAACUUGAUAACUGACACUUCUCCCUCUUGGCUGGUUCCGAGUAAUAUAGGACCUCCUGGGGCAGGCCCUUGGAGAGAGGUCUCUGAACCAGGAACACUUUUAAGUUGGUCACACCGUUAUGAAAGAGAAGUUCCAUCUAAAUCAGGUCAAUUGAAAUCAGGAAAAUCUCGUAAAUGGGGUCUUGGAAAAGCGAAAGACUUGCAGGUCGAGUGGUCUAAAAAUAGAUUUCCUUUGUAUGCCGCUGCUUUUAUGCUCCCUGUGAUGCAAGGAUAUGAUAAAAGAUCACAUGGUGUUGACUUGCUUAAUCGGGACUUUGUUGUCCUCGGUAAAUUGAUAUACAUGCUCGGUGUCUGUAUGAAGUCUAUGGCCAUGCAUCCAGAAGCAUCAGCUCUAGCUCCCGCUCUUCUUGACAUGAUAAGAUCUAGAGAUGUUUCACGACAUGCUGAAGCAUAUGUCAGAAGGUCUGCGUUAUUUGCAGCGUCUUGCAUAUUGAUAUCUUUGCAUCCGUCAUAUGUGGCGUCAUCUCUUAUUGAAGGCAACCAGGACAUUUCUACUGGAUUAGAGUGGAUACGCACAUGGGCUCUUCAAGUUGCUGAAGCUGAUCCUGAUACAGAAUGCACAUCGAUGGCCAUGACCUGCCUGCGGCUCCAUUCUGAGAUGGCUCUUCAGACAUCGCGCGCACUGGAAUCUGCAAAUCACUCCAAGACUGGCAGAGCCAUACCUUCUAAGCUUGACAGCAUUAUCCUACCAUUCGGAAACAUGAUGUGA